GAUCCACAUUAGAUAAACAUGUAUACACUGGCCAGACAGUCACACACAUCACACACACAACCGUAAAAACCUCCAAACGCUGUCGCUCCAUUUUGCUGCCAUUCUUCUCUACUCUCGAAUGUGUUUUUAUCGGCCCAUCAGCGUACCUGUGUGCAUUGGCACCAAUUUCCGAAUAGUGCCCGGUAUUGUGGCAAUUAGCCGCCUCGUAAAACCCUGCUGAUAAUCUUAUCCUUGUAAAUUCGCGGUGGGCACGCGUCUGUUCACCCACGGUUUGAUCGCUGCGGUUAGUGCUCCCUAUGAAUAAUUUCUCCCCCUUCCCCUUGGAGACCCCCGCCUUCCCCACGCCCCCGCCGUAUCCCGCGCGCACCGCCCCGCCGCUGCACCAUUCACCCAUCAGCUCGUCGGAUAGCGACCGGGCCGAUGAUGGGGAGGAUCUGUUGAGACGGUUGAGUAGUGGUGAUUUAUUUGUGCCCAGUCAGCUGCUGCCGCCAGUCCUACCGCCCUCGUCGUCGCCAUCGUCACACGUUAUGCAACACCAACCCCCGGGUCAGGGCACCAGCGCUGCGCCACCCCCGUCGUCGGCAGCCACGUCCUCCGGUGGUACGACCAGUCCCACGGGACCGGGCAGUAAUCAGGGAUUUCCACCGCAUCAUCCGCUAUCCAUGUCCAAACAUUUGUGCGCCAUCUGUGGGGACCGGGCGUCCGGGAAACAUUACGGCGUCUACAGCUGCGAAGGAUGCAAGGGCUUCUUCAAGCGGACAGUGCGGAAGGAGCUAACGUACGCGUGCCGCGAAGAUCGCAACUGUCUGGUGGACAAACGCCAGCGGAACCGCUGUCAGUACUGCCGCUAUGAGAAAUGCCUGCAGAUGGGCAUGCGACGUGAAGCCGUCCAAGAGGAACGCCAGCGUUCCAAGGCAGCGCGCGCCGGCAGCGCCCUGCACAUGAGCAGUACGGCCAGCAACGACAGCGAGUCGGAGCGGGCCACCAGCGCCACCCCGACGGUGAACCCCUGGAGCAGCAGCAGCGCAUCAGGGGCGGACUUCAGUGUGGACAAACUGCUGGCCGCCGACUCCAUCAUGCUGGGCUCCUUCCUGCACGAGCAGGAGGGCGCGCAGGUGCGCCCGCUGGAUCUGGCGCUGCUGACGGCCACCCUGCACCAGCCGGAAGCCAACCGCCAGCUGGUGGAGGUCUGCGAGCGGGAGCUGCACCAGGCCGCGCAGUAUGCGCGCAUGUGCCCGCUCAUCGGCGAGAUGCCGCUCAGCGACCAGGUGGCCCUCAUCAAAUGCGGCUGGAAUGAGCUGCAUCUGUCGGCGAUGGGUGCGCGUGCUGUAUUUGCCGGUGUUGCUCACGGACUGGUCCUGUCCACCGGGAUGUGUAUUACGCCCAGUCAGGCGCAUUUAUUCGGGCUCAGUGGUCUCAUUGAGCGAAUGUCCAGUGAACUGAUCGCCAAGAUGUCCGAACUCCGCGUGGACAACUACGAGUUGGCGUGCCUGCGCGGGAUUAUCCUUUUCAAUCCAGACGCCAAAGGCCUGUCCAAUGCGGACCGCAUCGAAGCCUGCCGGGAGCUGCUAUACAGCGCCCUGGAAGAGCACUGCCAGCAGCACCACCCCACCGACCUGUCGCGCUUCGCCAAGCUCCUCCUCCGCCUGCCGUCCCUGCGCAGUAUCGGUCUCAAGUGCCUGGAGCCGCUCUUCUUCUCCCAACUCUUUCCCACCCUCCCCUUCGACACCUUCCUCUACAAGCUCAUCCAGUCCCCCACGCGCGAUCUCCGCCAGAUCGCCCUGGAAGUGGAGACCGACGAGUACCACAAACGCCUGCGCACGCCCCUGGCCACGCCCAGCCCCAUGAACAGUCUGACGGCGGAGUUCUUCGCGGCCUUCGGGAACCCGCCGGGCAGCGCGGGGAGUGCCGCCAGUGGCGCGAUUACCCCGGUGUCGCCCCCCGAUGCCGGGGGGUUCGGGUACGGGGCGGGCGGGUUUAUUAAGCAGGAGCAGAACCAUCCCUACUAGUCGCCACCCAGGGGGCAGGGGAUAAUGAGCGGGGGAAUAUUUGUAUGCAGAAUUACGCACGAAAUCCUGUUUGUACAGAGCGAAUUAUUUUUCUUUGUCUCGGCUGGUUUUUGUUUUUUGGUUAACUUUGUUCGGACACUGGCUGGGAUUUCUAUGCAGCGGCGGUGAAGGUUUUAUUAACAACCAUGUAUACAAGCAAUAAAAACAGAUCGUUCGGUGCGUUGA